CGUGCCCUUGCGAGGAUGUGGAGAACAUAUGCCUGCUGUUGACGUCCGUGGCACCCGACUGGCACCACAGACGUGACAUGGCGUCUCGCCUCCUCGAGUACUCGGUGCUCCUUCAGAAGUACAGGACUCCGCUGCUGGCUGCGAGCUGCGGCGGGGUGUUCAUGGCCAACAUGUUCUACCAUGUGUUCCCGGACAUCUCCUACCGUCAGCUCUACCAGGCCUGGUUCAAAGGACAACCGGUCAGGCUGUCUGACAAGCUCGAAGAUGUCUUCCAGCAGGUGUUGAAGGACUACGGCAUCAGCUCACCCAAGAACUUCUCUGCCUUCGCCUCCUUUGGGUUUCAUCCGGUCGGGGCUGGUGUCCCUUGGCUUUCCGCCGGGGCCAAAAUUGGCAUCCCAGCAAACUUCAACAGCACGCCCGAUGACCCCAGCGGAAUCAGCAACCGCUCCAUUUUCAUCAACGGCAAAUUGGUGGACUGGAGCAGCGAUACCGGCUCGGCUCUGCAGGCGGCGCUGGUGUUUUCCCUCGACGCGCAGAAGUUCGCCGUGGCCCGAGAAGUGGCCCGCUUGCAGUCUGGAGGACCAGUGAUGAGUGCUGCCGUGGCCCCGGUCUGCCUGGGUGGGGUUUGGGUCUACAGCGUGCUCAUGAAGCAGUUGUUUUGGAUCCACGCCGGGCCUCUGCUCCUUCGCGGCGGCGUGAACAUUCUGGCGCUGGGGCUCGGAGCCGUGUCCUACUUGCUCACCUCGGACGCCGUCAGCCAUUGGAUCGACUAUAACUCCGACCGGCGCGCGGCGGGAGUGUCCUGUGUUUACGCCAAAGGAGGGGUGGAGUUUUACGACAAGCUUCUGUCCAGAAACAAGACACUGCGCUCCCUGAUGGGGCAGAAGGGAGAAGAGAUGUACGCUCUGAGCGGAAACCUGUUUCCCUCUCACCUCCUUCGGCUGAAACACACACCGUACACAUCCAGGAGGGAAGAGAUCCUCACUCUGCUGAGGGAGGAAAAAGCUUGAAAAGAAGUGAGACGUCACCUGAACCUGUUGCGACAAAUGCAGUUGUGCUGUUAUCACCGAGUCGACUGCUGCACUGAUGGGGAAGUUCCUGAGCUUUUGUCUUUGAAGCAAAAAAUCCUUACGUGUCAUCCCACGUGUGUUGUUUUGUGCGUUCUAUGAAUCCUGAAGUAGAACAAUAUAAAUGACAAGACUGAGUAUUUAAAAUAUUUAGUGACUGGCGACUUAUUUAUCCAACUAAAGACACAAUUUAGGUGAUUACUAAAUGUGAGAAUAAACAUUUAAUGUUGUUGAA